UGCCCAGGCGCCAGCCACGGCUUUGAAGGGUCUCCUUGCUCGGGCCCUUAGCAGCUCCGCCACGGACUCCAGGAGGCUUCGGGAGACGUCCUGGGGCUUUCCACCCGACCCCGAUCGGACUUAAGAAGGUGAUCGCUCCGCUCUCCCUCCUUCCCGCCUCCUUCCCCCCACUUAACUUUUUGUCUCCACUCGCCCGCAGCUCCGUCCCCUCCGCGCAAACCCACCCGCGGCUGUGACAACUGUCGGGGCAUGGGCCCCCCAGCACGGCUCCUGGAGGCCUCGCAGCACCGCAAGAUGUGAGAGGCCCGGGUCGGGCAGAGCCAGAGCUUCGGGAGAGGAGCUGAUAGCCCUCAGCCUCCACACGCGAGCGAGGUGGCCGUGCGCACUGCGCCCUCGCGGUGCUGAGCGUCCCGGAGCGCCCAACCCUGGGCCGGAACGUUUAGCUGGCCGGAGGCGCGCGGCGGAGAGCAGGCUGUCAUGCCCUAUUGAUCCCCCCGCCCCCCCGCCAAGUAUGUUUGGGCUGGACCAAUUCGAGCCCCAGAUCAACAGCAGGAACGCUGGCCAGGGCGAGAGGAACUUUAACGAGGCCGGACUAAGCAUGAAUGCCCACUUUAAGGCCCCGGGUUUCCACGCGGGGGGACCCCCUGGCCCGGUGGACCCUGCCAUGAGCGCGCUGGGCGAGUCUCCGAUCUUGAGCAUGAACAUGGAGCCUUACGGCUUCCACGCGCGUGGUCACUCGGAGUUGCACGCGGGGGGGCUGCAGGCACAGCCGGUGCACGGAUUCUUCGGAGGCCAGCAGCCGCACCACGGCCACCCGGGAGGCCACCACCCCCACCAACAUCACCCCCACUUUGGGGGCAACUUUGGCGGUCCGGACCCAGGGGCCUCAUGCCUGCACGGCGGUCGCCUACUUGCCUACGGCGGCACCGCCGGCGGCCUGGGCAGCCAGCCGCCCUUCGCCGAGGGUUAUGACCACAUGGCGGAGAGCCAGGGGCCUGAGAGCUUCGGCCCGCAGAGACCCGGGAACCUCCCGGACUUCCACAGUUCGGGCGCCUCGGGCCAUGCGGUGCCUGCCCCAUGCUUGCCCCUGGACCAGAGCCCUAACCGAGCCGCCUCCUUUCAUGGCCUGCCCGCCUCCAGCGGCUCCGAUUCCCACAGUCUGGAGCCCCGAAGGGUAGCGAACCAAGGAGCCGUCGACCCGCUGGAAUACAAUUACCCUGGCGAGGCGCCCUCGGGACAUUUCGACCUGUUUUCGCCCUCCGAUUCCGAAGGGCAGCUGCCUCAUUAUGCGGCGGGUCGCCAGGUUCCCGGGGGCUCCUUCCCCGGUGCUUCGGCCAUGCCCAGAGCCGCAGGCAUGGUGGGCUUGUCCAAAAUGCACGCCCAGCAGCAGCAGCAGCAACAGCAGCAGCAGCAGCAGCAGCAGCAGCAGCAGCAGCAGCACGGCGUGUUCUUCGAGAGGUUCGGCGGGGCCCGCAAGAUGCCCGCGGGUCUGGAGCCGGGGGUGGGCUCCAGGCACCCGUUAAUGCAGCCUCCCCCACAGGCCCCGCCACCCCCUCAGCAGCAGCCCCCGCAGCAGCCGCAGCCGCCGCCGCCGCCGCCGCUUCUGGUCCGACAAAACUCGUGCCCGCCUGCGCUCCCGCGGCCCCCGCAGGGCGAGGCGGGCACGCCCAGCGGCGGCCUGCAGGACGGGGGCCCCAUGCUGCCCAGCCAGCACGCACAGUUCGAGUACCCCAUCCACCGGCUGGAGAAUCGGAGCAUGCACCCAUAUUCGGAGCCCGUGUUCAACAUGCAGCACCCCCCUCCCCAGCAGGCGCCCAACCAGCGGCUGCAGCAUUUCGACGCGCCCCCCUACAUGAACGUGGCCAAGAGGCCACGCUUUGACUUCCCGGGCAGCGCGGGAGCCGACCGCUGCGCCUCGUGGAACGGCAACAUGCACAACGGCGCCCUGGACAACCACCUCUCGCCCUCUGCCUAUUCGGGCCUUCCUGGCGAGUUCACGCCGCCCGUGCCUGACAGCUUUCCCUCAGGGCCACCCCUGCAGCAUCCGGCCGCGGACCACCAGUCCCUGCAGCAGCAACAGCAGCAGCAGCAGCAGCAGCAGCAGCAGCAGCAGCAGCAGCAGCAGCAACAGCAGCAGCAGCAGCAGCAGCAGCAGCGCCAAAACGCGGCCCUCAUGAUUAAGCAGAUGGCGUCGCGGAAUCAGCAGCAGCGGAUGCGCCAGCCCAACCUAGCUCAGCUAGGCCACCCCGGGGACGUGGGCCAGGGCGGCCUGGUACACAGCGGCCCGGUGGGCGGCUUGGCCCAGCCGAACUUUGAGCGCGAAAGCGCGGGCGCGGGGCGCCUAGGCACUUUCGAGCAGCAGGCGCCUCACUUGGCGCAGGAGAGCGCGUGGUUCCCGGGUCCGCACCCGCCGCCCGGCGACCUGCUGCCCCGCAGGAUGGGCGGCUCAGGCGUGAACUCGCCCCCGAGCGCGGGCGGGGGCGGGGGCGGCACGGGCGGCGGCAGCGGAGGGGGCGCCUACCCGCCGCAGCCCGAUUUCCAGCCCAGCCAGCGCACCUCGGCCAGUAAGCUGGGCGCGCUGUCGCUGGGCUCCUUCAACAAGCCCAGCUCCAAGGACAACCUGUUCGGCCAGAGCUGCCUGGCCGCGCUCUCCACCGCCUGCCAGAACAUGAUCGCCAGCCUCGGGGCCCCCAACCUCAACGUGACCUUCAACAAGAAGAACCCGCCCGAGGGCAAGAGGAAACUGAGCCAGAAUGAGACCGAUGGCGGGGCGGUGGCCGGCAACCCAGGCUCGGAUUACUUCCCCGGAGGGACUACCCCUGGGGCCCCGGGGCCCGGAGGCCCUUCGGGGACUAGUAACAGCGGCUCCAAAGCCUCGGGGCCGCCCAACCCGCCCCCGCAGGGGGACGGCACCAGCCUCUCCCCAAACUACACCCUGGAAUCAACAUCCGGGAACGACGGCAAGCCGGUCCCCGGGGGUGGCGGCCGGGGCCGGGGUCGAAGAAAAAGGGACAGUGGUCACGUGAGCCCUGGGACCUUCUUCGACAAGUACCCGGCCGCGCCAGACAGCGGGGGCGCGCCUGGGGUGAGCCCGGGGCAGCAGCAGGCGCCAGGCGCAGCUGUCGGGGGAAGCUCCACGAGUGAGGCUCGCGGGGCUCCCACACCUCACGAGAAAGCGCUCACGUCGCCGUCGUGGGGGAAGGGGGCCGACUUGCUCCUGGGGGACCAGUCGGACCUUAUGGCUUCCCUGGACGGCGGGGCCAAGUCGGACGGUAGUUCCCCACACGUGGGCGAGUUUGCCUCCGACGAGGUGAGCACGAGCUACGCCAACGAGGAUGAGGUGUCAUCCAGCUCUGACAACCCCCCAGCCCUGGCCAAAGCGAGUAGGAGCCCCCUGGUGACAGGCUCGCCCAAACUCCCUCCCCGUGGGGUGGGCGCUGGGGAACACGGACCUAAGGCGCCCCCACCCCCGCUCGGCCUAGGCAUCAUGUCUACCUCUACCUCCACGCCUGACAGCUACGGCGGGGGCGCGGGCCAUCCAGGCACUCCGGGCCUGGAGCAGGUCCGGACCCCCACGAGCAGCAGCGGUGCACCACCCCCCGACGAGAUCCACCCGCUGGAGAUCCUCCAGGCGCAGAUCCAGCUACAGAGGCAGCAGUUCAGUAUCUCUGAGGACCAGCCCCUGGGGCUCAAGGGGGGCAAAAAGGGGGAGUGCGCCGUUGGGUCCUCCGGCGCCCAGAAUGGCGACAGCGAGCUGGGCAGCUGCUGCUCUGAGGCGGUCAAGAACGCCAUGAGCACCAUCGACCUGGACUCGCUGAUGGCAGAGCACAGCGCCACCUGGUACAUGCCCCCUGACAAGGCUUUGGUGGACGGCGCGGAGGACGACAAGACGCUGGCACCUUGGGAGAAGGCCAAACCCCAGAACCCCAACAGCAAAGAAGCCCAUGACCUCCCUGCAAAUAAGGCCUCCGCCACCCAGCCGGGCAGCCACUUGCAGUGCCUGUCUGUCCACUGCACAGACGACGUGGGCGAUGCCAAGGCCCGAGCCUCCGUGCCCACCUGGCGGUCUCUGCACUCCGACAUUUCCAACAGAUUCGGGACAUUUGUGGCUGCCCUAACUUGAAUUGACAAGAAAUGCCCCUCCCCCACCAGGCCCUUUCCUCCCGCCUCUCUCUCCUCCUGCCCCAGACCCCCUCCACCCAGCCCACCCUCCUGUUAAUUUGAAAGGGCCGCUAUUGCUGAGUGGAUGAUUUUUUUUUUCUAGGUUGGUACCUGCUUAGUGGCAUAUGGACUGGAAAGCGUUAAUUUAAAGGGGAAAAAAAAGCCUCAAAAAAUUUUUUUUAAAAAGAAACUCGUCUGCCACAGUAUGUUACCAGUGUUAACCCUUCUGCAGUUAGCAAACUUUUGCUUCAGCCUUUUUCCUGCUAGAUAAUUCCUGUUUUUCUGUAAUCUUGGCAUACGUUUUUUAGAUGACCUCUUUCCUUGUUUUAUUUUCAUGCUGCUGUAUGUCCAAGUAUUGUUAUUUCAUAAUAAGACAAGAGUUACUUUCUUUUUUAUUCUCCUUUAUUCUUCUUCCUCCUCCCCACCGCCUUUUUUUUUCUUUUUGCUUUGUUCACUGCUUAUUAAAAUGGAAAUCCUGGAGAAUAGUAGUUCUGGAAGAUUGCCGGGUGAAAGUCAAAUUGUCAUCACGAUAUUAUAUAUUGACACCCAACUGUCAUCAGUCAGACAGGAGCCAAACAAUUAAUGCCCCCCUUAGGUAUUCCACCCGGGGUUUUGUUUUGUCUGUUCCCUAAGAAAAUAGAGAGAGAGAGAUUUUUUUGUUCCUACAAACACACGCUCAGCCUUCAGCUCCGUUCUCUCUUCUGCCGGAAGCUGUCCUCUCUGCAACAGAGGCGAUGACGUGUCCAGCCCGCUCAGUGGGAAGGAGUCGGAAUGUUCGACAGUGGUGUUUUCUCUCCUUUUCUGGGCCUCUGUGCAAAUGGCCGGGCUCUGAAUUUUAUUUUCACGCUAUGCUAAGCAGCCUUCGUGUGCGUGGGGGAUGGGUCUCUUCCAGCUUGCCAGUCUCUGGGGGCUCCUGGCUGAGCCCGGCCAGAGUCGUGGGUGCCCAGGUUAGGGGAGGAUCAUUUCUUAGCCCCUGACCUCUGCCGACAGCUGUUCUCAUCCAGGCGUCCUGGGAGGAAGGAGGCCUGGGAGCCAAGCCUCUUGACCUGCCCUGCGCGGAGUUCAUUAGCACCUGGCCGGCAGCUCAUGGUCCUAGGAAGGUCGGAAACCCCUGAAGUUUUCAACUUCCUCGCUCCCCACGACCCCAGAAUGGAACAGCUUUAAAAAUAGCCUUAAGCCAAAGGAUGUUAUUUCAUUAAAUUUGGUUUAAUGGAAAGAAUCAAAGCAAAUUAAAAACAUACCCAGCCCAUGAGACUCCAAACACUGGUAAUCGGCACUGCAUAGCAAACUUCCUUUCGGGGGGAAAGAAAACGAAAAUGUUAUUGCACAUGUAAACUAGGAAAUCUUAACUCUACUGUGUGCUAGGCAAUCCUGUAAUCUUUUUUGACUCUUAAAAGAAAUUCAUUUCUGAAAUGCUUGGUUGGAAGACUGUGACAAUAGCUCAUGAAAUUGAGUGUUAUUUUUUUCUUUCUUUUUUAAAAAAAUAUGUAAAGUGCAGUCUUCUGUAUUCAUGCAUAUUGUAUAUACCUGUAUAUGUUUUCCUGAGCAGCUAAAUAACAAUAAAUAUGACGUUAAUGGUGA